AUGGCAACGAUGCAGUUUACACGCAACUUGUUGCAGCAGUGCAGCAGUCACAGCAAGGAAAAUAUUGCUUUCAUUUCAGUAUGUCCCAUCUUCUAUAGUACUGCUACGGCCGGAAACCAUAAGCUGCGGCAGGUCAUUCAACACCAGUUGGACGAUAUCCGCGAAGCUGGAACUUAUAAAAACGAACGUAUCAUAACUACACCGCAAGCAACUGCCAUCGGGGUCGCAGGAACCAGUGGCAAGAUUCUUAACUUUUGUGCCAAUAACUACCUCGGUUUAUCGGCAAACAACGAUGUUAUUAACUAUGGUAAGAAAGCACUCGAUGAGUACGGCGCCGGAUUGAGCUCGGUCCGUUUCAUCUGUGGCACGCAGGACAUUCACAAGCAGCUGGAAAAUAAGCUGUCAACGUUUCACCAGCGCGAAGACACGAUCCUUUACGCAUCCUGUUUCGAUGCAAAUGCGGGUAUCUUUGAGGCAGUACUGACGCCAGAAGACGCGGUCUUUUCGGAUGAACUAAACCAUGCGUCCAUCAUCGACGGUAUUCGGUUGUGCAAGGCGAAGAAGGCCCGCUACUUGCACCGCAAUAUGGCCGAUCUGGAAGAGAAGCUACGUACGACGGACGCUCGUAUCAAGAUGAUUGUAACGGACGGUGUGUUCUCAAUGGAUGGCAAUGUAGCUCCGUUGCCGGAGAUUUUCGAAUUGGCUGACCGGUACGGUGCGGUUACUUUCGUGGACGAUUGCCAUGCGACCGGGUUCUUUGGCCGUACCGGACGCGGAACGGAGGAGUUCUACGGGAUGCUCGGUCGGUGCGAUAUCAUCAACUCUACGCUUGGAAAAGCGCUCGGUGGUGCUGCCGGUGGUUAUACGACGGGUCCACGUGAACUGAUCGACCUGCUGCGUCAAAAGUCCCGACCGUAUUUGUUCUCCAACUCGCUACCACCGCCUGUUGUGGCUAGCGCAUCGAAAGUGAUUGACAUGCUGAUGGAAUCGAGCGAGCUGACGGCAAAGGUGCAAAGCAAUACGCGUCGAUUCCGGGAAGCAAUGACCAGCGCUGGUUUUACCAUCUCCGGUAUGGACCAUCCGAUAAGUCCGGUGAUGUUGGGCGAUGCUCGACUAGCUUCGACGUUUGCAGAUGAGAUGCUGAAGCGUGGCAUUUACGUGAUUGGAUUUAGUUAUCCGGUCGUACCGAAGGGAAAGGCUCGUAUUCGGGUACAACUUUCGGCAGCUCACUCAGAGGAAGAAAUCGAUCGUGCGGUGGCUGCAUUUAUUGAAGUGGGCAAACAACUUGGUGUCGUGUCGUAG